GAUGGCCGAGAGAAGGAGCAGCGGCAGUCGGCCUGCCAGCGCCGACGUGAGCUCAUUUCCUGACGCCGCCAACGAGGUGCCCUCGGGGUACCCGCUCAGCCUCUGCUUGGCUGCCCCGGAACCAAAAUAUCUCUGCAGCCACUGCGAGCGCGUGUUGAGGACAGCCCUGCAAACCCUCUGCGGACAUCGCUACUGCAAAGCCUGCCUGGCCUGGCUCGUGCGAAACCAUAAAAACCCAGUUUGUCAGAGUUGUAAGGAAGAAGAUCCUGACAAUGUAGAUGAAGAAAUGUUAUUAUCAAUAGAAAAGGCUUUUAGCGAUGCUGCUAUUAACAAGGAGAUUUCAGAGCUAAGUGUGCAUUGUGUGGUCCCUGGAUGUACAUGGACUGGCAUCAUGGAGGCAUUGGAAGGUCAUCAGAGCACAUGUGAAUACACCCAGAUUCCAUGCCACGCUGGGUGUGGACAGGAAGUGAUGCGGAAAAAGCUGGCAGAACAUUUGCGGCAGGAAUGUACCCUUUCAGCGACUUCCACUGACAAGGACAUCUGUCGGUUUUCCAGGAUCGGCUGCUCGUUCAAGGGCAGCAGGAAAGAAAGACAGGAGCACGAGAAGAACACCCUGGGGACACACCUGGUUCUGCUGCUUCAACAUGCCAGGCAACUGAAGGGGAAUCUGGACCCAGCAGGCAGCGGGGCUGACUCCUGCUUCAAGGCCGCAAAAGCCCUCAAUGGGAUCUUCCUGAGCCUGCAGCUCCCCCCAGCUUUGGACGUGAACUCUUUCCCUGGGCUGCCUCUGUACGAGGGCGAGUCGAGCUGGCAAGCCCUGCUGAGGGGGAGGGUGGUCCCUUUGUUGGACAGCAAGCUGCGGGUGUUUGAAAACAUCGUGUCUGUGCUCAGCAAAGAGAUGGAUGCUUCGCGCCAGAAGAUAGCGGCCUUCCGCGGUCAAAGAGGCCUUGACCAGGAUACCAUCCGGGGCUUGGAGUUGAAGAUUGCUGAUCUCCAGCGAUGCCUGGCGCAGAAGGAGGUGGCUCUCAGCAGGCUCCAGCAGAAACUCCUGCUCUCAGCAGAAGCGACAUACAAUGGCAUUUUUCUGUGGAAGAUCACAGAUGUUCACCAAAAGUGCUAUGAAGCAGUGAGUGGGAAAGUGUGCAGUUUACAGUCUCCUGCAUUCUACACGGCGCGAUACGGUUACAAACUCUGCAUGAGGCUCUAUCUGAAUGGCGAGGGGAGGGGCAAAGGAACUCACAUGUCCCUCUUCCUGGUGCUCCUUAGAGGGGAAUACGACACACUCCUCCAGUGGCCUUUCGCAUACAAGAUCACCUUCGUGUUGCUCGACCAGAACAACGGAGACCAUCUGACAAACACUUUUCUCACAGAUCCAAGCUCUGCGUCGUCCCAGAGACCUGUGACUGAUAUGAACGAGGCCAGCGGCUGCGCCCGGUUCCUCUCAUUGGCCAAACUGCAGUCGCUGAAAUAUACUUAUUUAAAAGAUGGCACCCUUUUCCUCAAGUGCAUUGCCGAAUCCUCAUUGUGAGAGUGCAUAUCAAAGCUUUGAAAGCAUCAGCAGGUGAUAAAUACAAGGGGAGAGCUACUUCGGAAACAUCUGGAGAGAGCUGGUUUGCGUCUGCAGCGGGACUGAUUUACACCUUGAAGGGAUACCUGUUAACCAGGCCAGUGUGGAAGGAUGUGUGUUGGACUGCCCCCCAGUUUCCUUAUUCCAGCCUCCAUACCUUAACAAAUCAGACCUCCAGCCCCAUGCAGGGGGCAAUGUGUUUGUAUCACCAGUAGGAUGUUUUUCUCUAGGUACUAAAAAGCAGGACUUUUUUUGUAGCAGGGACUCCUUUGCAUAUUAAGCUACACCCCCCUGAUGUAGCCAAUCGUCCAAGAGCUUACAGUAAGCCCUGUAAGAAGAGCCCUGUAAGCUCUUCGAGGAUUAGCUACAUCAGGGGGGUGUAGCCUAAUAUGCAAAGGAGUCCCUGCUACAAAAAAAAAGCCCUGCUACAAUGUAUGUGCUUAACCCCAUAUGGUGGCUUACAGACCAGUUUUGUGAACAUAGCCAACUUGUUGGAAGCUAGCCAUGUUUCUUUUUGUUUGUUGUGGCAGGGCUGUCACCUUAUCACGCAGACAUCCUCUGCCAUGCUUUCAGCAAGACGCUGUCUCUGCCCCCAUGAGUGAAUCCAAAGCCUUGAUGUCUUUGCAGUAUGUUGAGGUUACACAUUUACUUGACGAGAAGUUCAACUGAGUUCAGUGGGACUUCUGGGUGCAUGCAUAAACUCAGACUGUUAGGACAGUGAUUUUCAGACCAUCCAGUCCAAUCUCCCAUAUGUGUGUGUGUGUUUUUUAAUCUUCAAGGUAUGCUGUACAAUUAUAGGACCCUACUGCAUUUGCAGGAAGCUUUAGAUCUUGGGUGCUUAGUUCUAGGGUCACCAGGGUAUCAUUCUUCCAAUCCAGGCCACCUGGUGUGCCCUUUAGGCAAAUUGGCUGCGUAGGGUGCAAGCCAAACACAUUGCUUGGUGCAUUGUCUUCAACUUGUUACAGGGUCUGCUCCCAGCGAUUGCUGCAAAAGGUCAGGGAAUUGCCAAAAGAAUCGCCUUUUGACCUGUUUGCCCAUGCCAGAAUUUUGUUUGUGCUUUCUUUGAGAAAUAUGGUUCACAUGUCAACCAUGGGCUUGACCUCUUCAUUGCCUGCAACAGCGGAAUGUGGGAGCAGGCACGUUUCUCACUAAAAGAUUGGACAGCAUGCUCCCUGUACGUUUUGCCUCCAAGCUCUUCUUCAAUAAGGGCUGCAUCAGUACUUUUGAGAAAAGAAAAAGAAGACUGGGAGUUUGAGCCAGCUAUUGGUGCAAAUGGACUCCGGGAGAAUCUAGACAAACCCGAGAGAACUAAGUUUGCAGUGGGCACUAGUGAGGUGUGCUAGGAUUCGGUGUCACCCAUUGGAGUCUCUGCCUUAAAACAUUACCUAACAUUCCCCUGCAGCUAUGCAGGGAAGCCGAGCAGUCUUAUUUUUCCCAGGAAGUUUUCCCACCGUGGCUGAUGAUUUCAAGAGCCCGUGCUAAGCUUUGGAGGAGCCCUUAAACAUGGCUUGAAAGCCACUGCCUUAAAAGCUCCUGACCAUUUUUGACAAUCCGAGUCCUUUUAAUUGGAAUUCCAGUAGCACCAGCCCUGCUGGUGGCUCUCUUCAUCUCUUUGACACGUUUCUUCUUCCCGGGACAAUGCAUAAGUCAUUCAGCUCUAGUUCUUGAAUUAAAUUAGGAAAUCAAAGGUACAUCCUUCAUUAUAAAAUCUUUAUGCGCAUCAAGAAGAUGGAUCAAUCACUUUAAAGGCGCUGAUCUUUGGAGGCAGGAUUCUCUGAGUCUGUAUUGAGAGUGCAUUUGCUCUACCAUGGUUACAUACUGUUGGACUUCUCAGCAGUGGGUUUUCUGGCAGCUUUACAGCAGUUUUGCAGCAGUACAUUGUGAGCAAGAUUUACACUACCUUCAGGGCUAGCCAGCUGCUGUUUGUGCCAUUUAAAGGACACAGGAGGGGCUAGUUUUAAAAGGUAAGCGGGAAUAAGAUAAGUGUUUUGUGGCUGAUUAUACAAGGCUAUACUUUGCCCCGAAUCUUUAUAAAUAAAAAAAGUUUCUUAACCA